AUGAAUCCAAAACUACUUGACGUUGACGAUAUCCUUUCAAGGAACGACCAGUGGAGGAAGUUGGAAGAGCUUUGGGGUAAUCCUGUGGAUUUGGACACCGACGAGGACAUACCAACUUCGAAAUUGAGACCCGUGUUCAGUACACUAGACUUACGAAAGUCAACAUUUGAUUCGUCGUUUCUAUUCAAGACAGUCAAGCGGAAGGUAGCGAGGCAGAUGUCGAAGAGUUCAGUGUUGGACUACAACGAGUUCCUGCAAGACUUGCAACACAACGCUGUCGAGGAUAUACCCAGGAAGCAGUUUUACUAUGUCAGCGGACAAGUCCUCUCGGCAAUGUCUGUGGAAGACAUAUGCACCAAGAUCGACGACAUUUUCAAAUCUAUCGAGAGACUGUGUUCGGCGACAAGCACCAUUCGCCUUAAGAGAAAUGUGGACGAAAUAGUCCAGUGCAGCUUUUCCUGUGGAGACUUAUCGUUCGAUGAUACUGUGGAUCCCGACCAAGAGAAACACGCAAGCAGUGAUGUGGACAAAUAUAUAGAAGAGGCUUUCGAGCAGUUGAAUAGUACUAUAUUGGAAGAGCUUUGGGGUAAUCCUGUGGAUUUGGACACCGACGAGGACAUACCAACUUCGAAAUUGAGACCCGUGUUCAGUACACUAGACUUACGAAAGUCAACAUUUGAUUCGUCGUUUCUAUUCAAGACAGUCAAGCGGAAGGUAGCGAGGCAGAUGUCGAAGAGUUCAGUGUUGGACUACAACGAGUUCCUGCAAGACUUGCAACACAACGCUGUCGAGGAUAUACCCAGGAAGCAGUUUUACUAUGUCAGCGGACAAGUCCUCUCGGCAAUGUCUGUGGAAGACAUAUGCACCAAGAUCGACGACAUUUUCAAAUCUAUCGAGAGACUGUGUUCGGCGACAAGCACCAUUCGCCUUAAGAGAAAUGUGGACGAAAUAGUCCAGUGCAGCUUUUCCUGUGGAGACUUAUCGUUCGAUGAUACUGUGGAUCCCGACCAAGAGAAACACGCAAGCAGUGAUGUGGACAAAUAUAUAGAAGAGGCUUUCGAGCAGUUGAAUAGUACUAUAGUCAGUAUUGUCAAUAAAAACGCUACUAUGGAUGAGGCUGCGAAAGAUUCUGUGACUGCGCUAGUGAAGAUAUUUAGCAACAUUUUAAAGGCUCCAGGUCAUAGACAGUCCAGGAGACGACGGGAAUCUAAUGACAAAUUUAAAGAUUUGGCGGAGUUUUGGAGGAGCAAAACUUGUAAGGAGGGUGAACAAUUAUAA